CAAAAAGUGCAGAAAGUGGUUUUGAGUCAGUUGUUCCUUUCAAAGCGGUGUGAGGCGUCGUUUCUCCUCGGGCUAGAAAGAUUGAUUCGAGACAGUGCAAAUUAAGGCCGCGAUCUACCGAAAGAACUAAUCGAUAUGGACAAGAAUCACGCAUCAGAUAGCGAGGAAAGCGACGAGGAUUACUGUCCAGAUAACGAGAAAUCGCAAGUCCUUAGCGAAUGUGACUCAGAGUCGGAUGCGAGUUCAUCGGAGACGGAAACUCCCCAACCUCAAAAGCGAAAGAGCCGGCAAAAACGGAAAGCGAAAGAAUCCCCCGAAAGAGAUCAGUCACCUCCACCGGAACACGAAUUAAACGGCGAGGAAAGCGAAGAAAACAAGAAACAUGCCGACGCUCUCUGGGCUGACUUCCUCAGCGACACUAAGGAUUCCGUAAACUCCGCAAAAUCACAGCCAGAAACAGAAAAAGAAGCCGCACCUGAAAAGUCAAAAGCUGAUGAGCAAACGCCAUCGGGGACAACGAACGAAAAAGUCAAAGUAACUGAAAUAUUCGAGUUUGCCGGUGAGCAGGUGCGGGUGACUAAGGAAGUGGACGCGGCAGAGGCGGCGAAAGCCAGUCAAUCGCCGGCGUCUAGCAAGAAACCAGGACCCGCUAGACCUCCGCCAGGCAGAUUGCCCGUAAAGAGACCUGGGGGCGGAGGGCUUGGGGCAGUCCUAGGACAAAUCAAUAAAAAGAACAAAUUAACCGUAUUAGAGAAAUCAAAGUUAGACUGGGACAGUUUUAAAGCGAAGGAGGGACUGAGUGAGGAGUUGAAAACGCACAACAAGGGGAAGGAUGGAUACUUAGAGCGACAGGACUUCUUACAGCGAGCAGACUUGCGCCAGUUCGAACGAGAACGUGAAAUGCGAUUGAAUGCGAGACGAAGUAAACAUUGAGUCGGCUUUCGUAAACGCUGAGCAACUGACUACGUACAACUAGAACAUUUCAAUUUACUGGAGGAGGAGUGACUUCGCAGUCGAACAAAUGCCGUAUACUGCAAUUUGCUCUUGCAGCUACAAUAGAUACAACCAAAUCAUGCCAAUGUGUAGAAUGUUUUUCCAUAAUUAAUGUCUACUUUGACUUAUUUGAAAAUAAUAUGGAGCGUCACUGCAUCCUUGAGUUUUA